CUCUCUUCGUCUUUGCGAACCACUGUAGUCUACCGACAGACAAUCCUCGUAGGCUUGCCGCAUCCGACUCGCAAUGUUCGGUUCGACAACGCACGAAUCCCGCAAACUUGUUGACCUUCUAUUUCGCGCCAAUGGCCUCUACGCAUCCCUCGAACCCUCUAUUCCUAUCACACCUGGAGACUAUGGCACGGUUGAUCGCGAGACCGGUCUCUUCUUCAAGGAGGGUAACAUAUUCGACCCUUCGUUCCUUCCGUAUCUCGUACAGACUGUUCGUGUCUCCAAGCAUGCUAGCGGCCUGAAAUCAAACAGUGAAGUUGCUGGUGGGGUGUUGAGCAGCACUCUAAGUCCGGGUGGGAGAGACAAGGGGAAGGACAUAGAGGUUGUGCCGUUGCAGGUGGACAUGCCGCAGACUUACUCCACGGAGAGGAAGGUGGUAAUGCAGACUGAGCACGUGAGGUUGUUUGACGCGGGGCUGGAUGUGUCUGCUGAUUUCUUGCCACUCGCCUCUAUCGAGUUCGCCAUUUCUGCGAAGUUCUCUCGUGAACGGUCACUGGCAAUAAUUCUCGCACACUCACAGAUUAAAGGUCUGCUCAAUAAAGCGCAAUUACGAGCUGUUCUUCAGCUACCGAUCUUGAAAGGGAAGGCUCUUGUCGGCGAAGUCUACGAAUGCCCAGGAUUCGUGCUCAUCGCUCACAGCGGAAAUGAAGCAGAAGCAAAGAUAGCGUUCGGUGCAAAGAUGCCAGUCGCUGCUGCUACGGGCCUACCAGUCGUGGCCGGCGGUGGGCCGGAGUAUGAAUGGAAAGUCACAUCAUCAACGAAACUCUCGCGCGAGGGUGUCAACGGAAAUUUCUAUCCCCUGAUGCGCCUCUACUCCUGUGCGCCACACGUCGCGGCGGUCCGUUUGCGGGGGAAAAUACUACGUUCUGCAGAAGAGGUAGAGGUGCCAUUGCCCUUGUUUUUCCCGCCAUGGGAGGAUCUAGACGAUAAUGGAGAGGAGAUCGAUGUCGGAGACUCUGAUGACGACCUGGACUUCAGAAUAUGAGUCCUGUAGGAUUGAAAAAAAAAUUGAUUAAGAACUAUUCAAACC